CUCUCUCCCUCAUCUCUCUCUCUCUCUGGGUGAAUCGGAGGGGAGAUGCUGGAUUCGGGAGAAGGUCCGCCAUUAUUGGGAAGCUGAAAAAAAAGCAGCAGAGACUUGUACACACCGUCACACUUUGGGCCUGUCGGGGUCUGAACGUGCGGCAGCAGCUCGGUGCGGAGCGAGCGGUGGUUCAGCGGGGAAUCAAACGUGUGAGCGGAGUGACGACGGGACGCCGCGUUUCCACACGGACCCUUUAUUUCUUCACACAACAAAGGAAAUAAUAAUUGGUCAAAACAACGUGGUGGCGAAGCGAGGAGGAAAAAAGCAGGCAGCGGCGGCAGCAGCUCCUCUCCUCCCCCUUCCCCUCGUCCAUUCUUCGGUGUAAAAGACUGGAGUUUGAACAGCAGCUUCAUUUUUCUCGCUCUCCUCCUCCUGACGAGGUUUUAGUUGUUUUUCUCCCCCCGAGACCCACGAAGAGAUAAUGUGCAUGUGAAAACUUCGGGCUGACGGGAAGGAGCAGCGGCGGACACGCAGCGUGUUUACUGGCAGAGAGGAAGAGACAGAAAGAGAAAGAGGAGAAGAAUCGACGGGAGAGGUUUUUGUCUCUUCUAUUAAAAAAAAAAAAGAAAAAAGAAAAAGUCUUUCGCCGGCCGCGAGUCGCAGAGGAAGAGAAGGAGUGGACGGGAUCUGGAGAGGGAGGAAUGCUAUGGUCCAAACCCCAGUCCAGUGAGCUCCCUUUGCAUGGAAACCCACCUUCCUUGGCAGCCUUCCCAUCACCCUAGAGCUAGCGGCCAGCAUGGCAGGAUGAGCCUCUGCCAGCGAUGAUGAUGGCCAAAAAGCAAGAUGUCCGGGCACCCAUCUACAACCUGGUCGCGGUCGGGCUGUCCGGCACGGAGAAGGAGAAGGGCCAGUGUGGUGUGGGCAAGUCCUGCCUGUGUAACCGCUUUGUCCGGCCAAGUGCAGAUGACUUCUACCUAGACCACACCUCUGUCCUCAGCACAAGUGACUUUGGGGGCCGUGUGGUGAACAAUGACCACUUCCUGUUCUGGGGAGAGGCUGGGCGGACAAUGGAGGAGGGGCCAGAAUGCCGUAUGAAUGUUGUGGAGCAGACCGAGUUCAUCGAUGAUCAGACGUUCCAGCCGCACCGAAGCACAGCGCUCCAGCCUUACAUCAAGAGGGCAGCUUCCAGCAAGCUGGCCUCAGCUGAGAAGCUGAUGUACUUUUGCACAGAUCAGCUGGGGCUGGAGCAGGACUUUGAGCAGAAACAGAUGCCUGAAGGCAAGCUAAUGGUGGAUGGCUUCUUACUCUGUGUGGAUGUUAGCAGGGGGAUGAACCGUAGCUUUGAGGACCAGAUGAAGUUUGUCACAAACCUGUACAACCAGCUAGCCAAGACGAAGAAACCAGUGGUACUGGUUCUUACCAAAUGUGAUGAAGGAGUUGAGCGCUAUAUUAAAGACUCACACACCUUUGCCCUUGCCAAGAAGAACCUGCAGGUGGUAGAAACAUCAGCACGCUCUAAUGUCAAUGUUGACUCAGCUUUUCUUACACUGGUUCAGCUAAUAGAUAAGGGUAGGGGAAAGCCCAAAAUUAUUCCUUACUUUGAGGCAUUAAAACAGCAGAGUCAACAAAUUGCCUCAGCCAAAGACCGCUAUGAGUGGCUGGUGACCAGAAUUGUGAAAAACCACAAUGAGACAUGGCCGACUGUCAGUCGUCGCAUGCAGUCUGCCCCCGAGUACAAGGACUACAUUUUCCUUGAGGGGACAGCUAAAGCCAAGAAGCUUUUCCAACAGCAUGUGCAUAGACUCAAGCAAGACCAUAUAGAGAAACGUAGGAAGGCCUAUCUAACUACUCUACCACAGGCCCUGUCUGUGCUGCUACCAGAGUUGGAUGAGAUAGACCACCUCAGCUGGUCUGGAGUUCAGAAAGUCCUUGAGACAAAGAGAGAUUUCUCCCAAUGGUUUAUUGUGCUAGAUGACACCCCUUGGGAGACCACACCACACAUUGAUAACAUAGAGGAUGAUCGAAUCCCCCAGGAUCUUCUGGAGACCCCUGCAGCUGAAAAUAUCUAUGAGACUCACCUGGAGCAGCUAAGGAAUGAGCGAAGACGGGCUGAGAUGAGAUGGGAGUUCAAGGAGAAGCUAAGUAUCUCUCCUUUCAUCACACCAGGGAAACCAUGGGAGGAGGCCCGAAGCUUCAUCAUGAAUGAAGACUUUUACCAGUGGCUGGAUGAGGCGGAAUAUCUGGAUAUCUACAACAAACACCAGAAGGAAAUCAUUGACCGAGCCAAAGAGGACUUUCAGGAACUGCUUCUCGAAUACUCUGAGCUCUUUUAUGAGCUUGAAGUGGAUGCAAAGCCAAGUAAAGAGAAAAUGGGAGCCAUUCAGGAGGUGUUGGGUGAAGAGCAAAGGUUUAAAGCCCUGCAGAAACUGCAGGCAGAAAGGGAUGCUCUGGUAUUGAAACAUAUCCACUUUGUCUACCACCCCACAAAGGACACCUGUCCCAACAGCCCCCACUGUGUGGACAGCAAGUUAGAGCAAAUUCUGGCCUCCAGAUUCCCUACCCGCUACCCAUCAUCAGACACUUCAAGACUGGAAGGGGGUAGAGCUGAACGGAUAAAUCUUGUCAUCCUAGGAAAAGAUGGGCUAGCCAGAGAGAUGGCAAAUGAGAUAAGGGCCUUGUGCAGCAGUGAUGACCGGUACGUGUUAGAUGGCAAGAUGUAUGAGUUAGCCCUUCGUCCUAUUGAGGGCAACGUACGUCUGCCAGUCAAUUCCUUCCACACACCAACUUUCACACCCCAUGGUUGCCUGUGUUUGUACAACUCAAAAGAAUCCCUCUCGUAUGUUGUCGAGAGUAUAGAGAAGCUUAGAGAGUCAACUAUAAGCAGAAGGGAAAGGGAAAACAGCUUAGCACAACUCCCGCUGUCCCUCAUUCUGGUCACCAAGCGGGGUGUGGGGUCCAUAGGGGAUAUUGGGGGUGAGACAGCUCAGACUCUUAUCCAACAGGGACAGCAGGUGGCUGGAAAGCUGCAGUGUACAUACCUAGACCCUGCCUCUCCAGGUAUGGGCUACACACGCAAUGUAAGCGAGAGGCAGAUCAACCAGAUGCUAAAGGGUCUCUUAGAUUUAAGGAGAAGCAUAGGGAGCAGUUCCCCUCCCUUGCCCCCUCCAUCCUCUGCCUUCAGAGAUUCACAGUCCCAGCCAGGUCUAGAGGCAGACUUGAGGAUAGUCAUGUGCCUGAUGUGCGGAGACACGUACGACCUAGACCAGCUGCUUGCUCCCUUCCUGUUGCCCCAGCAUUGUCGUCCUGCCUUUUCUCUUAGCAGUGGCACCUCCAUUCUGCUGGAUCUCAGUAUAGGAGGUCAGAGGCAGAAUAUUGAACUGUCACUACUCUCUUUCCAUUCCACAUUCUCCCUCCGCAAGACAAGGCUGGUCCAUGGCUAUAUUGCAGUUUACUCUGCUCGCCGCAAGGCCUCUAUGGAGACAUUAUGUGCUUUCCUGUGUGAGGUCCAAGACAUCAUCCCAGUCCAGUUGCUAGCUGUAGGGGAGAGUCAGAUGGAGUUGUCAGACUCAGAGUCAGCUAAGGAGCAGGUCAGUCAGGGAGAUGAACUUGCCCAUGAAAUUGAGGCCAGGUUUAAUACAGUAAUAUGUGGACAUGGUGGGGUGGUAGGGGGCCUUCAUAAGAUAGACCUUUUCCAGCCCUUCCUCAAGGAUGUGGUUGAGAAGCACACUAUUGUUGAGGCCACACACAUGUAUGAUCAUGUGGCUGAGGCAUGUACCAACGACAGCAUAAGCUCUCGCUGUGGCUCUCCUAGUCCAGUUAACAUUCUUAUGGACUCUGAGGAUGACAUCGACCCAUCACCCCCUUACCCCACAUUGAGGGAGGAUGGUAGCCUGAGUUCUCACCUAGGGAGCUUCAAGCUGCCAGAUCUGGAUUCAAGUGAUACCUUCUCUGUCAUUUCUGAGCUUAGCACCUUUGAGAGCAAGCUUAACAACAAGAUUCCUCCUCAAGUGAAGCCCAAGCCUGUCCGUAAGGUUAACCUCAGCCCCUUCAUGGACACGCAAGGUGGUACCAACCGCCGCUCUUUGCCCCAAGCUGUCACCUGGGCUCCAGGUAGCGAUGGUGGCUAUGACCCUUCCGACUAUGCUGAGCCCAUGGAUGCUGUGAGCAAACCUCGACUCACAGAAGAGGAGAAUAUUUACUCUGUCCCUCAUGACAGCACACAGGGCAAAAUUAUCACCAUCCGUAACGCCAGCAAAGGUCACUCCAACGGGAGCGCUGGAGGGAAUGGUUCCGACAGUGAGGCGGACAGUAGCUCACUGGAACGCAGGAGAAAGUUGUCUGCCAUCGGAGUAAAACCUAAGCUUUACAGAGACAGAUCCAAACGACUUGGCAAGUUCAGCAGUUUCAGGACAAGCUUCUCUAUAGGCAGUGAUGAUGAGAUGGGGGGUCCACCCAAGGCUAGCCAGGAUGACGGAGGAGCCCAAAAGGAAAACUCCAUUGAGGAGAUUGAGGACCCUAAAAGAAGGAAUAUCCUCAAGAGCCUGCGCAGAAAUACAAAGAAACCUCGAGCCAAACCCAGGCAUUCCAUCUCAAAACCCUGUGAAAGCAACUACUUCGGGGUGCCACUGGCCACUGUGGUCUCCCCUGAGAGGCCAAUCCCAGUCUUCAUCGAGAAGUGCAUCCGCUUCAUUGAAACGACCGGCUUGAGCACAGAGGGCAUCUACAGGGUCAGUGGGAACAAAUCAGAGAUGGAGAGCAUGCAGCGGCAAUUUGACCAAGACCACAACCUGGACCUUGUGGAGAAGGACUUCACCAUGAACACAGUAGCCGGAGCCAUGAAGGCCUUCUUCUCAGAGCUGCCGGACCCUCUGGUGCCCUACCACAUGCAGGGAGAUCUGGUGGAGGCCUUCAAGAUCAACGAUAGGGAGCAGCGCUUCCAGACGAUGAAGGACAUUCUGCGCCGCUUCCCCAAGGAGAAUUACGAGGUCUUCAAAUAUGUCACCAGCCACUUGCUCAAGGUGAGUCAGAACAACAAGUUGAACCUGAUGACCAGUGAGAACCUGUCCAUCUGUUUCUGGCCCACACUGAUGAGACCGGACUUCACCACCAUGGACGCCCUGACUGCCACCCGCAUCUACCAGACACUGAUCGAGAGCUUCAUCCACCAGUGCAUGUACUUCUUCUACAACCAGCCGCUGGCCGAUGGCCUCCCUGGCUCCCCCACCUCCACGUACUCCUCGGGAGGAACCUCGGCGUACUCCAGCAUGGCUGGAGGCUACUCAUCCUCGCCGACUCCGUCCCCGACUCCCUACGUCCUCCCCGCCACCCCUCCUGUCAUCCCCCACUACGGCCCUCCUCUCCAUCAUCAUCAUCACCACCACCAUCAUCACCAGUCCCCACCCCACUCCCCGCCUGCUACUCCUCAGUCCCCCAUCCCAGCCCUGCUGCCACCCUCCCUGCACCCCCACCACCCCCCUACGGAACAACACACGCUGUGAACCAGGGAUCAAGGGAAAGAGAAGAAGAAAAAAACUAAGAAGAGGACAGGAUUCAGAGAGGUUUAAAGGUUCAAAAUAAGAUAUCUUGAAAUUUGGGAAGGAACUGAAGAGGACGUAUUGAAAGGAGGACAGGAGAAGUUGGGAGACUUUGAGUGAGAUGCAGUAUGUACAGGGAGAAACCUACAUGUUUGGGAGAAGAAGAGGAGUUAGAGCCUCAGUUGCUUUUAGAAAAAAUGGACACACACACAAGACCGAAAAGGGGGAACACUGCAGAGCCUCUGAACUGGCUGUAUGAUCUUUCUCUUCCCCGUCGCCACUUUUAUCCCUUUGUCUCUCUCCUUGCCUUAUACCAACACACAAACACACUAAUGAAGAGGGAGAAGUUGCCAGUCACUGUUAAAUGGACUCAGGGAGGGACUCGGAAGUAAAGUGCAAAAUGGGGAAUGUGAACUCUGUUAUGUUGGGAUUGCUACACCACACACACACACACACACACACACACACACACACACACACACACACACACACACACACACACACACACACACACACACACACACACACACACACACACACAGAGUGGCCAGUGUGCCUCCGACAACCAUUCUCCUCAAUUCCCGAGCCUGUGAUUGUGCUGGGAAAUUUGGAAUUCUAUAUUUUUUUUUUUUUUUUUUGCAAACGGACACACCUGCUGUACCUACCUGGAGGCCGUGGCUGGGAGUGUAGCAGAGCGCGAGUCGUGAAUGUGUUUAUUUCACCACUGUACAGAGAAGACUUUAGCAAGAAACAUGUGUUACUACUCACACAUUCCUAUCCGUCAACCCCUCACACACACAAACGGACAAAAUCAGUUUCAGUCGAGGCAGUAUGCCAAGCACAGGAAAAAAAAAAACUCAACCAACAGGAUCUGCUGGGCAGCAAAUCGGAGCAAAGGAUUAUGGGUGCUCUUACACCCUUGGCAUUCUGGGAAGGUUCCUUCCUUCCUCCUGAUUGCUCUCGCUCUCUCUCCAUUUGAGCUUUGACCUCAUGCCCUGAGUUUUUAAACAAAGUAAACAGCUAAAAAAGUGGAUUUCAUAAUUCUACAUUCACAUUCCCAAGUGUGUGUAUUUUUUACAUUUGAGAAAAUUCACAUGAACCUGAGCCUCAUCUGUCAAUGAAUGGCCUUGUGGGUAAGCGUCUGGCUGUCUGACGGUCCAUUUGUGUGAGCUGAUAUCCAUGACCUUUUUCUUGAAUUUCCCUACAUGAGGAGAAUAGUGGGAAUAAUUCCAGUGUCGGACUUCGCCUGUCAUGUUGCUUCUCUUGCGCUGCGGUGGUUUGACGUGCGAGUCGGUCGGUGCAGUUUUCGUAGUGAGGACCUUGUUCAAAAAGCACUUUUCUGAGCACUUUGAAGGCACAUUUUAAAUUGGAGCUGCCGCGACAUGACAGCCACCAUUCACUUUAUAUCGUCAGUCCACUCCUCCCUCCCUCUGUCUCUCUCUCUCUUUCUCCAUCUCAUCUCUCUCUUUCUCUCUUUCUCUCUGGGAGCACACCACUGACAUCUAGAGGAAGAAAUGGGUAUUGCAGCCAUAACCUCACUUCCACUACUGCAUGGGCGUAGCACCAUUUUCAAACUGUGGUUGUUGUAGCAUCAGAUUCUCUCAUUAGGUGCAGUUGUUAAGAUGCAUUGUCAUUUUUUAUUUCGGGUAGAAAAAAAUUAACAUUAGAACUCACAGAGCGUAAGAGUGUGAAUAAAAGAGCAACUGCUGUUUAUAAAUUUGGCACAGAUCAGAUGAGAUUCCAUAGAUUCAGGCUCUGUAGCCACAAAGCAUCCGGCCACAGUGCAGUUGGUCAGACAUGCAGCGAAUGAAAUUGCGUCUCUGUCUUUUUGUUGGUCAGUGUCCACUUUCCCCGUGGACGCCAAAGCAAGUCAGGCGUUUGUAAAAAGGUGCGUCGCUCCUCCUCAUCCUCUGAGAUUGAGGAGGUGAUGACUUACAAGAUUGAGGCACGAUGUAGCACCACAGGCCAGAACGUAAGAGCCGGGAGCGAGACUCGAGCCGAGACAGGUGGGAGGCUUAUUAUUCUUGGAACUAACUGGCAGCCAUCGCUCCAGGUAUCAGCGCACAUCCUCACAAACACAAUACUGCGCCUGUGGAGAAGAGACUCGAGGAUUCGAAAUAUAAUUUGCAAGAGCGUAACCACUACACCACCACCACCCCCUCUCUCUCCCUCUGUUAGUCAGUCCCUGUCCGUGUGAGACAGUUGGGUCAGAACAGACAGUCCAUUCAUCUGUCUGCAUGACUGGAGUGGAGCAUCACAGAAUUCCUCGGCCCGGCCUGCUGUUACCGUAGAAACCAGCGAGAUGGGGCUCGAGCAGAAAUGCUGAGCCUUCAUCUAAGCUGUUGAAGUGUGUGUUUGUGUGUGUGUGUUUGUUGUUUGCGUGAGCUGGAGAAAGAGUGUGCUCAUGUGAACAUACAUGUGUUAAUGUUAAGCAGAUGCUCACCAAGGUCACUCAUUCUGUUUGACACUGAAAUGCGUGUCUCCACAGAUUCUCCUGUCUGGACGAAACGAGAAAAAAAAUAAACCUUUUAACCAAUCACUGAACUCUAAAAGGAGCUUUUAUCAGUCUACACUACCUAUUUACCUUGUGUGUCUGUGUUUGUGUGUGUCUGUGUUUUAAGGGUGAAUGUUUAAAGGGGUUUGAGCUAACUUGCUAACACGCUGUGCUUGGCAGACGGCCACGAGCGUGAUCGGCACAGACGUGAAGGAUGCAGCUCUCACCGCGGUCAUUACCCCGGUGGCUGUGUAACCCUGUUAGCUCGUCCAGAUUACACACACUGAGCCUCAGAGAGAGUGUGACAGAGACGGGGGCAGAGUGAGGUGGAGGGGAGGGGGGCGGCAAACGGGUGAAUGGGAUCAUUAUUUGGGAGACGGAGGGAGGAAGCAGGGGUGACCACUGGUACUUGUGUGCGAACGUCGGCCAGUGGCGUUCCCCGUGUAUAUCAAUGUGUUAAUACUGAACUGACUGUGAGGCAGCCAAAGACUGUGGAAAAAAGGGUCAAGGGAGCGAUGGGAAGCAAAGUGACAGUUUUGAAGAACAAUUGAAUUUAAAAAAAAAUGUGACUGUGGUUCAGAGAUAAUAUGUGGCUGCAUUGCUUUUCUUUCUUUCCUUCUUUUUUUGCAACAAUGGUGACAGAUGUCUGUUAAUUUAAAAUGAGAAACAAGCAAAACUAUAUUCAAAUGGUUGUUUAUUGGUAUGUUAGGGGGUUCUAACACUUUGCCCUUUAGUCAGUGGUGAUAGAAAAAAAAAAAGUUUCUUUUUAUGUUUUAUUUUAAUAAUUAAAUAAUACAAAGCAUUUUUUAACUAUUUCUUUGUGAACGACUGAGAGACCAGCCCAGUAUAGUGCAUGAUUUCUUCCCGAGCAAAGGAAGAGGGCUCCACCACUCUCACUAUUUAAAGAGAUGAUAAAAAAAAAAAAUAUUAAGAAAUGAUGGGGUGGGUGGGGGAGAAAAUAUGAAAAAAAAUAAGUACUGUAAAAUGAAAAGAUAACAAACAAAAAAACUGUCAUUAUUUGCUGAGUAUGGUAAUUUGUCUAAAAUGGGAAUGGUGUAUACAGCAAGGCCUUAUGUGAUCUGUAUCAUAGUUAAUAAAUCAAAUCUUGUAAAACUC